AUGGAAGAUCUGCCGUACGAUCCGAGUAGGUGCUUGACGUUCUGGUUCCGAUUGGUUCAAUCGCCCCAUCUGCAAUGGCCCUUUUCGGCUGGGGUACGGGUAGAACGAGUAGAUUCGCCCCCUCGACGUGAUGGUGGAACUUUGACAUUCCCUCAAGAGAUGAUUUGGCCGGCCGUGCCCAUCAAAGAAGGUGACAAUAUAUUCCAGGUCAAGGCCGCCGUUCCGGUUCCCAUCAAUUCGCACGACCAAGUACUCUUCGUGACCCUACGAGACGUACUCGACCGAGUCGUUGCUCGGGUUCACGUCACGUACGACGAGGCCAGAACGUUGCGUCACGUUGGCUUCACUGAGUGGUACCCGGCGGAACCAGCGCCACUGCCGGAAUAUGAAACGGACCAAGACGACAUGCAACACAAGGUGACCUUCAAAGAAUUGGCAAAAAACGAGAGAACCACUUUUCGUCUGGUCCACUUUCUUGAUCAUGGCGACCUCUACGGUCUACCGCUUGAUCCUGCUUCGAGUUUGCACCCAUCGAUGCGUUUGAUGUCGAGUGACGUGGACAUCGAAUGUCUUGCAUGGGCUUCGGCCAUCGCCCCCGAAGACCCAGGCAAGUUACUACUGGCGGGCGCGUUUCGCUUGCCCGUGCAGGCGAUUCUUUUUGACACUGACGAGAACACAUCGCAGGCAGCCCAACAAACGAUACAGGACGUGAACAGAGGAAAGUAUUUGGCAAGCAUUUUGCUCGACACCACUUGUUCCUCUGAACACGAUAAGUUGUUCGUGGCCUGCGAGUACGCUUCCGGUAACAUGAGCGCUAUCGAGGUGCCAUCCCUGGCAGACGAUGACGACUAUACGCGAAUGACAUUCCCAGAUGGCGCCGAUUCCAUCCAUCGCACUGUUGUCGACAAGGUUGGAGCACGCAUAGCAGUGCUUAGACGUCUUGACCUCCCAGGAUGCCAUCCAGCAAUCAUAAUCACGUUGGUGUCGGGGAGACGUUUUCUAGAGGCAGGGCUCGUGAUACUGCCCUGGAAAGUCGUGAUCCUUUCCGAUCGGCGAUCUUCGGAAAUCUUGUCUGUUGCGUGGAGAAUGCCGAUGGGCGAGGACAGAACUAAACUGGAGAUUUGUACUCGAUGGCGUUCCCUGUGGAAACGUACACACGUAUCCAGUCAUUCGGAAACUUGGACGCUUCAUUCUCCUUCCCUUGCGACACCUCCUCAUGUCUACCUUUGUGAUAAGGCUCGAUGGUCAGAUGUCUUCCUUCCAGCGAUACUCGCAACCACUCCACGCCGACUGAUCCCUCGAUUUUGUGAAAAUGCCAUUAACCGUAUCGCAGAGAUCGUAUCCAACCGACGGGCACGAGGUGAAACGGGAGGUUACGUUCCCUUGGGGCACGAUUAUAUUACCAGCCAUCGAGACGCGAAACCCGUGCCGAUUCAGCGAGGUUUUGUCGAUGCAGUCAUCCCUGGACUAUCGGCCGCACGACAAUGUCGAAGUCAUCAAUGGAGAUACGCUGCCUUCUGGUGAAGAUCGAGGGCGAUCGUUGUUUUACCACCCCGAGUUCGAACUGCCCGUGCCAACCCGAAAGAAUCUUUGCGAACUGUAUAACGAUUCAACGAUCAAGUUGGCGGGCACCGAGUAUCCUGUGCUUGCGUACGCAGAACUAAACGACCCACAACAGGUUAUACCUCUCACCGAGGUCUUGGGUCGUUUCUCGGUUGCAGACGCGAAUAGUUACAUUUCCUUGGGAAAUCGUCGCUUUGAAUACGACGGACAACGGUUUGACUCGCCUUAUUGCGACCUGUUCUUUCGAAGCUGGACCAGAGCAGUAAGAGUGUUCAACGACUUAAUUCAGUACAAAAGGAAUCCCUGUCUCGAGGAAAUGCAGCUGGAACUACAACGACUCUCUCGAGCCUUUGAUGUGGCCUUUCACGGUCUCUUAGGUGUCGGGUUCGCUUGGCACGUGGACCUGACGCAACCAAUUUCUAAAGAAUCUUUACCAUCGUGGACGGAGAUAUACGGGAGCUGUAACGUAAUUCCGUUCUUCCCGGCGUCUAGGCCCGCGUAUAACGGGGGAGCCGUGUAUGCAUUGCUGAGCAUGUUGGUACUCGAGAUUCGUUUUCAAGAGAUGGAGAAACGAGUAGGAGAACUGUUGCUGUCGGAUACCAAAUACGAUCGCAUAGUAGCAUUGGGUCCAGAGAUCGAGCAGAUGCAGGAUGCCAUUCGAAAGGCCCCAUCUACUGCGUUGGUACUACAUCCCUUCAAUCCCAUGCGCUAUUAUGCGACCUCAUUCGAUUUAUUCGUUGACCAUCGAUACAACCUAGAAAGUAGGGAAUCGCUUCUAUGGAUUCAGGGCGUUCUUGCCCUGGCCAAGACCGCCACUGUUGUGGAUGUCGAGACCGAAAGAUUGGUCGAACUAAUGCGAUCUCUUGUACAGACUCUGACGUACGUACUAAGUGACCAAAGUGUAUUAGAAUUUGUGUACAAAACUGGACAAGUGUACCAGCCUGUACCGAUUGUCAGGAGAGAGAGACAACGGUUUCCUUCGGUAGCCAACUCAUGCUGUGACCAAGGACGCGUUUACGAGGAUGAACUCCCUUCUGCUACCACCACCAUAAACGCAAUGCGUGCGACUUGCCUUAGAGUGCUAGGAUGCAAUGUUGACUGGAAAUCCAUAGAGGUGAUGCCUUUACCAGAGGAUUGGGUCCCGUCUCACGUGGUAGAACUGGACGAGUCAAAUGAGGACGAUACGUGUGGCGAAUCUACAGAGCACUGCUCUCUCGCAAAAACAAUGAUUCGCUUAUUUUGUAUUUACCGUUAA